AUGUCUCUAGCAAUAGUUGUGAUGUGUUUUGCAGAUCUGGGAGUAUUGUACUGGAAGUUGAACCCUGAUAACUAUGAGCAUGAUUCCGAGCUAGGCAAAAUUAGAGAUGAAAGGGGUUAUGAUUACAUGGAUUUGCUGGAUCCGUGUCCUGAGAAAGUCAGCAACUACGAGUAG